AUGAAUGAUGAGGAUAUUUACAACACUUUCAAUAAUGUCGCUGAAAUCGAUUCAAUGAGAAGGAGUAGCUUGGCUCUUAGUACGAUCGACUAUCCAUCUGGUAAUGAUCAACAAGAUAAGCUAAAUCACUUAAGCAACUUUAAUAGAAACGUGCAUCUAAUAUUAAAGACUGAAAAAGACUUGACUAAAAUACUAAACUCAAACAAAAUCAAGUUAGAAAAUCAUUCACUCAAUACAACAACUUCAUUAAUACAGCUAUACAAAUCACUUAGACCUAAUCACAAUGAUAUAAGAUCAUUUUCAACUAACUACAUAAAGCAAUUCGAACAAGAUCAAAUUAUAGAAAAGAAUAGACAAAUCUCAAAUGAGAUUGAAUCCAAGAUGGAAGAUGACGGUUUCACUCUUGUUGAAAGAGGUGGUAAACAUGGUAGGGCUGCAAAUGAAGCUGGUGUACAAGUCGCAUCGAAGCUAUUCAACGGUGGUAAAGUAGAUGAAGACAGCUCAGAAUACAGAAGAAAGAAGAGAAAGUUCAAUCAGCCUCUAGAUGACUUCUAUAGAUGGCAGAGGAGAGAUAAAAAGAGACACGACCUCGCUCAUCUCAGACUCAAAUUCGAGAAUGACAAGAGAAAGGUUGAAGAUUCUAAACAAAAUCGUAGAUAUAAACCCUACUAG